AAUGUAGUGCGGCGCCUAUCGAUGGUAUCUCAUCUCUAGCUUGAGCUAAACUAAACAGACUAGGAUUUAAAAACAUAAAUAAGCUAAAUUUAUAGAUUUGCGCCUCAGAAUCAUGGUCGAUCCGAAUCGCAAGAUCAACCGUCUGGCUGAUAGGGACAUCAGCUUUCUGGAGGAGUGCGAGUUGGAGUUCACCGGGCGCUUCACAGACGAUGACCCGGAGUUUAUGGCGCACUGCAGCAAACCUUUCCCGGAUCCGCCAAUCGUGGAAAACUGGACUGGCGGAGGUGGUGGUGGAGGCGGCGGGGGCAGCAGCGGAAGGGACGCUGGCUAUCCGUACAAGAACCACAAUCGCUUCAACGGACACCAUCAACGAGGUGGUGACAGGGGCUGGCACCGGCGCGGUGGAGGAGGGAAUUACAACCACCACGACAGAGGAUUUAGAGACAACCGGCGCAACAACAGAUACGACAACCGCGACCGCCGGGAUCGCGGUGAUGGUGAUGGGUCUGGUGGCUACAAGCGCACCCACGAUCGCCGCGAUUCUCCAAACAACGAGCCGCCAAUGAAAGUCCGUCGCGACUACGGAAACUUUGUGCCUGCCUCCAAGGAUUAGCUAUAGAGUAGAUAAGAAUAUUCCCCAUAUUACAAUCAGUUAUGCACAUUUAA